AUGUCUGGCAUGACCCCCAUCUUCGCAAAGGACGCCUGCCCUCCCCCCCAACACCCACAGUCCCAGGCCAUCCGCGCCAACGGCCAGCUCUUCAUCUCCGGCCAGAUACCCGCCGACGCCAGCGGUAACCUCGUCGAGGGCAACAUCGGCGACAAGACCCAGGUCUGCUGCAACAACAUCAAGGCCAUCCUGGAUGCUGCCGGAUCCACCGUCUCCAAGGUCGUCAAGGUCAAUGUCUUCCUCACGGAUAUGGCCAACUUCGCUGAGAUGAACGCUACCUACGAGAAGUUCUUCACUCACAAGCCUGCCCGUAGCUGCGUUGCUGUUGCUCAGCUCCCCAAGGGCGUGCCUGUUGAGAUUGAGUGCAUUGCUCUGGAGUAA